GGCAGCACCCUCAGGAGCAGCAGCGAGCGAAUCAACGGUUGCAAAAUCAAUACUCCAAACGAGAGUCGGCCGAGCUUGUUCUCCAAGAUGAGUGAUCGAGCAGUAUGCAGCAGCAAUGUAGGGCAGCCGCUUGUGAAAAUUGGUCACUACAUUCUCGGGGAGACUCUAGGUGUGGGGACCUUCGGGAAAGUUAAGACGGCAAAACACCAAAUCACGGGUCAUAAGGUCGCCGUGAAGAUACUCAAUCGUCAGAAAAUCAAGAACUUGGAUGUUGUGGGGAAAAUCCGUCGUGAAAUUCAAAAUUUGAAGCUUUUCCGACAUCCUCACAUAAUAAAACUGUAUCAAGUAAUCUCGACGCCCACAGACAUCUUCAUGAUAAUGGAGUAUGUCUCGGGUGGAGAGCUAUUCGACUACAUCGUCAAACACGGCAAGCUCAAAGAGAGUGAGGCCCGCCGUUUCUUCCAGCAGAUCAUCUCGGGAGUCGAUUACUGUCAUCGUCAUAUGGUCGUGCAUCGAGAUCUCAAACCGGAGAACUUGCUGUUGGAUCAGUCGCUCCACGUGAAGAUUGCAGACUUUGGUCUGUCAAACAUGAUGAUGGACGGGGAGUUUCUGAGAACUUCUUGCGGCUCGCCGAACUAUGCUGCUCCCGAGGUCAUCUCGGGGAAACUUUACGCGGGACCCGAGGUCGAUAUCUGGUCUUGCGGCAUCAUUUUGUAUGCACUGCUCUGCGGAACGCUGCCGUUCGAUGAUGAGCAUGUACCAACUCUGUUCAGGAAGAUAAAGUCGGGAAUAUUUCCCAUACCGGAUUACCUGCACAAGUCGGUGGUAUCUCUUCUGAUCCACAUGCUUCAAGUUGAUCCUAUGAAGAGAGCCACGAUGGAAGACAUCAAGAAUCAUGAAUGGUUCAAGAAGGACCUUCCGGCGUAUUUGUUCCCUCCACCUAACGAGGCGGACGCUUCAAUCGUGGACAUUGACGCAGUUCAAGUCGUUUGCGAAAAAUUCGGUGUGCCAGAAAAAGAGGUGCACGGAGCUCUUCUGAGCGGGAAUCCUCACGACCAGCUGGCGAUCGCCUACAACCUAAUCGUGGACAAUAAACGUAUAGAAGACGAGACAGCGAAGCUGGAGAUCAAAGAUUUCUACGUAGCUUCUAGCCCCCCGCCCUUGAGCAGCAGUUCAGAGAGCCCUUCUCGCGGAAGUCAACACGUGCAUCCCGAAAGAGUUCCGCGGGCCCGUCUGCUGAGUACGGGGGGUCAGGAGCAACGCGAUACUCGAGGAACUCAGUCAGCCGGCGCUGGCAGCCAGGGGACUGUAAACAAUACUUCGGAUAACUCUGUAGCCACGAGCGGACUCGCCGGUGCAUCGACGCCGAUCGGGAGCACCGUCCUCGGGGGAAGUGUUGGCGGAGGUGCCCUCGGGUUGGCAUCGCACACGAAACCUCCGCACAAAAGAGCUAAGUGGCACCUCGGAAUACGCUCUCAAUCGAAGCCGCAUGAUAUCAUGAAUGAAGUCUACCGAGCUAUGAAAGCUCUCGAUUUCGAAUGGAAAGUGGUGAAUCAGUUCCACGUUCGCGCACGCCGCAAAAACUCGCCGAGUGGCCGACCGGCUAAGAUGAGCUUGCAAUUGUAUCAAGUUGAAUACAAAAGUUAUCUCCUUGAUUUCAAAUCCCUGCCUUAUGCAGAAGAUCAGUCGCAAGAUCCUAGCGUUGCUGAGAGCAGUCUCCAUAGUUUUCACAAUACCAUGGAAUUCUUCGAGAUGUGCGCCGCCCUCAUCACCCAAUUAGCGCGUUAGAAGAUCCUGUUGAUGCGACGACAUAGAGCUGAUAUCGACUUUCACACUUCACUGUGAUAGCUACUCCGUGGGAGUAAGCUCCAUUCCGUCAUAGGUGGAAGUCAGGGGUGCUUCUCGCUUAUCAGGCGCUGUCAGUUUCGAGGUCCCAGGGAUCCUGGAGCUGAAUGAUGAACCUUACACACAUAAGCCAAUCCCGUAAGGGUGAUACUUCAUGUU